CUGCACAUAAUAUUGCACACUCACCCUCCUCUUCUACACAAUUCCACUUACAAUUCACGAACUUAUUCUAAGGUCAGUUUCAGCAGUAAAAUAACUGGGAAGGUUGGAAUUAUGGCUGCAAUGGCAAUGGCAGCAACUGCUAGCUCCAGUACUGUUCUCAGGCCAACUCCAUUUCUUGGCCAACAGGGGAGCCAAGUUAACGCUAAACUCCUUAGAGAUGUUGUGCCUAUGGGAUCUGGGAAUAGACUAUGGUACUUUUUCACUGGCAAUGAAUUGUGGUAUGGAACCGACAGGGUGAAGUGCUUGGGACCCUUUUCAGCUCAGACUCCUUCAUAUUUGACUGGAGAAUUUCCUGGUGAUUAUGGCUAGGACACUGCUGGAUUAUCUGCUGACCCCGAAGCCUUUGCUAAGAACAGGGCUCUUGAGGUGAUCCCUGGUCGAUGGGCUAUGCUUGGAGCACUUGGCUGCAUCACCCCUGAAGUUCUGGAGAAAUGGGUCGGAGUAGACUUCAAAGAACCAGUAUGGUUCAAAGCUGGAGCUCAAAUUUUGUCAGAAGGUGGCCUCGACUACCUGGGUAACCCCAACCUUGUUCAUGCCCAAAGCAUCCUAGCAGUGCUAGGUUUCCAAGUCAUUCUCAUGGGUCUGGUUGAGGGGUUCCGUAUCAAUGGUCUUCCUGGAGUUGGAGAAGGCAAUGACCUCUACCCGGGUGGCCAAUACUUCGACCCUCUCAGCCUUGCCGAUGACCCUGUCACAUUCGCUGAGCUCAAGGGGAAGGAAAUCAAGAACGACCGGCUAGCCAUGUUCUCCAUGUUCAGUUUCUUUGUCCAAGCUAUUGUCACCGGCAAGGGCCCCCUGGAGAACCUCUUGGAUCAUCUUGACAAUCCUGUUGCCAAUAAUUUUUGGGUCUAUGCCACCAAGUUCGUGCCCGGAUCUUAAAUCGAAUUUGAGUCCCUUAAAUCUUGCUUCAUGUGGUUGAGAUAGAAUUGGAAGUUUUAAGACUUAAAAAACUUCAAAUUUGUAUUUGUGUGAUCCAACAAUGGCUAUUGAUUUUCCGGU